UACAAAUGUGUUAGCAGCAUUACACGUACCUAGAGUACGGACCAUACAAAUGUGUUAGCAGCAUUACACGUACCUAGUGUACGGAGCCCCCUGAUGUCAAGUACACUACCACGCAUUCGCAGUCUCACCGCAGGAGCAGAGUCGGUCUCUUCACCAAGUCUCGCCGUCAAUUUCAGGGACCGUGUUCGGCCGGUGUCUCUAUACGAGUCGUCGUGGGGACGCGUGGCGCUCCCUGUGUCGCGGCCUCUGCAGAGAUGCCCUUCACAGGCCACCAACCUGGCCACGACGGUGCCUUGCAGCCUCGUGACCAAGAAGCUUGGUGGCCGCCAUACCCCCACACGCAGCAGCCUCAGGCACUCCAGGAUGGUGGUGCUGCAUCGUACCAAUGGAGUGGCAGAGCGACGGUGGCAGGGCAGAGUGGGCGGUGAGGGCGAUGGACUGGGCCGUGUGGGCGCUCUGGUGAUCACAGCCCAGACGCUGGUGGCUCUGCUCAUGGGCGGGCUUGUGUGCUGGGCUUUGGUCUGGGCGCCAAAUUCCAUCCCGUUCAGGGAGGUGCCACAUUACGCCGCCAUACCGCUGUUGGUGAGCGGACUCCUGGGAGUUUUGCUGUUGGCUUGCUGCUCCAAACGACCAAAGCGACGACCAGCCAACAUACUAAAGAUCAUGAUUGUGUUAACGUCGUUCAUGGCAGUGGUGGCAUGCCUGUGCGUGUGCAUCUUUGCGGCGCUGAAGCUCGUGCAUCUCGCGCCCAUGAGGUGCCGCGAGGUCAAAGAGGUCGUCGCUCUCGUCGAACCUUCACUGAACGACUCCGCGAAUCCGACGCUCGAGUUGAGCGACAAUAACGACGCUGCUGCAAGAGCAUCGGGAGAUAGAGCAAUUUCGAACGAAGGAAGUGACAGUAUUAUUAAUAAUUCCAGCUUAGCUCAAAGCGUUGACAUUGAUGGGACUGGUGAUGUAUCAGACGCCCCAAGUUUGGCCGGAGAAGUGAACAGUUAUGUCCAGCACUCAGGGGACGGUAGCACAGAUGGAGCUAGCAGAAAUCAAAGAUCUGAUCCCGUUUUUGAUGACGGAGUAGAUGAUGAGGAUGAAACUUUGAUGAAUUACGACGGGAGUGGAGAAGCUCCUCCUGAAUUGAACCUCCCAAAAGCAUCUUUGGAGCUGGAGUCUCCGACGACCCGUACUCUCCCAGCCAUGUCAGACCCAACAGUAUUGAUUGAAAAAGCUUACUGUGUGUGCGAAUCUUGGAAGGAUCACUGGAAACAAAGUCUGAGGUAUCCAGACUUGAGUUGUGUCGAAGUUAACCGAGUUUUGCCAGUGCUUAUUGUGGCAACCUGCAUUGUGACGGCAGGUGGCGCCAUUUUGUCAGGCGUUGUAAUUUAUUUGAUAUGGGCGUCCCGGGCAUCUUAUUAUAAUCCCAUACGACCCACGGAGAUCAGACCCAUGAUGAAAUCGAGUUCAUUAAAACGAAGUGUGAGCCUUCAGUGUCGCAGUAACGGUGUACCUUACUGGAAUGGAUCUCCCAGUACAAAUGGACACUCGCGAUACAUUGUGAACUAAUAUCGUUGUAAAUGAUGUAUGAGUGCUGUACAUUUUGAAAUGUUAAUUUUCGUGACUUGAACUUGGUGAUAUUGUUUAGCUUGACUCAGGAUGAAGAGAAACAUUCACUUACCGUGCGCGGAAAUGAGGAGAGUUACCACGUGUAAAUUUCGAAGCAAAUAUUUUAAGAGAUUCUCGUUUAUUAGUGCAAGAAUACAAACGCAGUUGCGGUAAUGUCCGCUAGAAUUGCGAUAUUGCUCGCUGUCUGCAAUGCAUAAUUGUGGUAAUGCCGGCUAGAAUGAAAAUGACACAUCUCGUGCGAGGAAUAACAUUUCAGUUAACAGAAAAUUAUAUGCAUAAAGAAAAUCUGAGACAUUUUUACAGCUUUGUUAUGAUUUUUUUCUAACGGAAAGUGCUUUACAAUCAUCAUGAUUAAUUCAUGAAUAAUUUUCAGCUAAAAACACACAUUUUAGUCUUUGUAUAGGCAUGCACAUGAGUAAGUAACUGAGGUAUGUAAUCAAUACGUCGCUUAAUGUGAAUAAGGCAGGGUAAAUGAUUAGAAUAAGAACGUCGCGUAAUUGAAAAUUUGUUCUAAUAAAUUCAGGAAUGACGUUACUUAAAAAAU